AUGAAAAUUAUGACAAAGAACAGACUUUUAAUAGAAUCUCGUGAAGCUAAAAAGCAAAAUGACCCAGAUAUUAUCCUCAGUCACAGUGAAUAUAAUUUGUACGAGUGGCAGGCCAUUAUAAAGGGACCGAAGGAUUCACCAUACGAGGGUGGACAAUGGAAAUUAAGCAUAAAAUGUAAAAGUACCUAUCCCAUCGAUCCCCCCAUGAUAACAUUUAUAACGAAAUUUUUUCACCCAAACGUAAAUUUUGUAACAGGAGAGCUAUGCAUGGAUAUACUGAAAUCAAAUUGGAGUCCAGCCUGGACAAUUCAGUCCAUAUGUAGAGCUAUUCUUUUUCUUUUUACGGAACCAAAUGCUGAAAGUCCUUUAAAUUGUGAUGCAGGAAAUCUAAUACGUUCUGGUGACCUUAGGGGUUUUCAGUCCAUGGCAAAAAUGUACACACAUGAAUAUGCAAUGCAAAAUGACUGA